AUGAUGGAGUCACGGAUAAGACGGCUUGCUACGACAUUGAUGGAUGCCACGACAGAUAAGGACCCGCUAGUCCAGGAGCAGAUCUACAAUGCUUUGUGCUACCUGGGGGAAUCCGAGCCGGAGGAGAUCCUCAACUCCUGUGAUGAGUACCUCCGGCAGCAUGACAAGCUGGCCUACCCUCACCGGGUGAUCAUCCUGAAGGCGAUGGAGACUGUGGUGAAGAACAGCAUUGCCCUCUUGGACAAAAGCACGGCAAAAGUGGUUAUCUUUCUGGCGUCUAAUGAAAUGACCAAGUCAAAGGAGGUGGUCCAGGACUGGCAGCAAGCCGCCAGCAACGUCCUGGUUGCAGUGGGACAGCGUUUCAUCAACAAGGUGAUGGAGGAGGUGCUGACCAAAUUUCAGCCGGGGAUCCUGCCGCACUACUUCGUCAUGCAGACAUUUGCAAACCUCUCUGUGUCGAACGUGUUCGGAAUGGUGCCUUUUCUCAACUCCAUCCUCGGGACGAUGCUGCCCAUGCUGGGAAUGGCCAAACAGGACCACAUGAAGGCUGUCUUCUGCUACGCCCUGCAGCACUUCAGCGAGAGCAUCCAGGAGUACUUGGCGAACUUGGACAAGGCCCCGGACCCCACGGUCAGGAAGGACACCUUCUCAAACGAGAUCUUCAGUGCGUACGAGGUGCUCUUCAACAGCUGGCUGCAGCACCGGGAAGGCAAGCUGAGACUGGCCGUGGUGGAGGCUAUGGGACCGAUGAGUUACCUGAUGCCCAGUGAAAAGCUGGAGGAGCAGCUCCCUAAGCUGAUUCCAGGCAUCCUCGCCCUCUACAAGAAGCACACGGAAGCCUUCUACAUAUCCAAGAUUUGUGCUCCUGCAGAUCCAUCUCUUCCCCUGACUGUUAAAAACCACACUGAGGUUCUUCGAUGCUUCACCGUCCUGGCCUGCUCGUUCCCUGACCGUGUGCUGGCCUUCCUCCUCCCGAAGCUGGAGAGCAGCAACGAGCGGACCCGUGUGGGGACCCUCCUCAUCAUGAGACAGAUCAUCAACAGCGCCC